UCUUCCUCCAGUAAUCCUCUGAAUCCAGCCGCUGAGUUUCGUGAACUUUUCUCUCUGGAUCUCAGAACAAGUUUUCCUGAAAUCAGGACUUUCCUGUCAGGCUGCCUGCUGGAUUUGAAUAGUUCAGAGGAGCCGCCAGCCGCUGAUUGGUCCGCAGGGAGGGCUGCUUUGAGCGCGCGGCUGUCUGUCAACGGAACGCUGACCGCUGAUUGGCCGGUUGCGGCGGGGGGCGGGCUCAGCGCGGGGUAUAAACGCAGGGUCAGCCUCCUGAGCGGCUGGAAAUGAGUGCUGGUCCUCAGCGGCGCCGCGGCGUCUCCGAUGUUUCCACUCACAGCUGACUGGAGCAGUUCAGCCAGAACCGAGCCCGAGCAGUGACAGGCGGUUCCGGAGCCGGAUGGAGGUGGACCGGGGCGCCAUGGAGUGCGCCGUGGACGCGCAGAGCCUGAUCUCCAUGUCCCUGAUGAAGAUCCACAGCUCCCGGACGCAGCGCGGCGGCAUCAAGCUGCACAAGAACCUGCUGGUCUCCUACGUGCUGCGCAACGCGCGCCAGCUCUACAUCAAGGAGAAGUACGCGGAGAUCUACCGGAUGCAGCAGUACGAGGAGGUGAUGGCGGUCUGCAGCGGGAUCCAGGAGCUGGACCCGCUAGAGCCGCUGGAGCCGCAGGGCGCGGAGGACGCGGAGCCGGAGCAGCCGGUGCGCGCCGCGGGCUGCGGGGAGGAGAGCCGGGCGGCGGGCGGCCGGGAGCCGGAGCCGCCGUACUACCGGAGCUGCUGCAUGGAGGACCAGUUCUCCCAGAACUGCAACAAAACCACCGUGCUGGACCUGGACACGCACGUGGUGACCACUGUGGAGAACGGCUUCCUGCACCAGGACUGCUGCUGCGCCGCCGCGGCCGCCGCGCCGCAGUGCGCGCCGGGCGCCGCGGCCAGGAAGCGGAAGGUGGACUCCGCCGGCUGCUCGCCGGACGCGGAGGAGCCGUCGGACUACACGGCGGGGCGGAAGCGGUUGAAACGGGAGGAGUGCUCCGGCGCGGACUGCAGCCCGGACGCCUCCAACAUCUCCAACCUGAUCUCCAUCUUCGGCUCCGGCUUCUCGGGGCUGCUGAGCCGCCAGGCCGACCUGGAGCAGGUCUGCAGCAAGCAGGCGCUGGCCAGCCUGGGCGCCUGGACCCGGGCCAUCGUGGCGUUCUGAGCCGCCUCUUCGUGACGGACCGUUUCGUACCAUGUCCGAUGCGCUGAUUUGUAACAUUUUUAUUUCGUCAUGAAUUUAAAUGGUCAUAAAUGUUCCGAUGUUCGGUUGGUUCUGAUCUGGUUCGGUUCGACAGAGUCAGAAUCAGCUGUUUCAUGCCCGGGUACGAAAUGGCGCAGGGACGGAACGAGCACGACGGAAGGGAGACCGGGCUCAGCUGUUCUGUGUGGGAACAUUUCAGAGGCAGGUCCAGAGUUUACACGGUGGGGGGCCUGGGGGCCGGGGGCCGUUUUGCACAUCCGGGAGGCUGGAGGUCCUCCACACUUCUUCUUCUGUGUCCCAUUUCUGUAGUUACACAGUAAAAAAUGAACAGCAAUAAUUUGGUUUAUUUUAACGAUAAAAGAGAAAAAUGUGGAUAGUCAUGUUUUCACCGCCAUAUUCCUACAUUUAUAAAUGUCAGAAUUUUAAAAAGAAUAUUAAAUUAAUAAGCUAAAUAUUUAACUUUCAAAUAAAACUUUUAGUAACAAAGAUAAAUAUUUAGUUUUUGAACUAGAUAUUCACCUCAACAUUAAAUAUUUAGGGCUGUUCAAAGUCCUAUUUUCAUCGGUUUUCCUACAUUUAUAUCAGAGUUGCAAACUAAAUAUUUACAAACUAAAUGUAGGAAUAACAUGGUGUGUUUUCUGGCUCAAUAAUCUGAAUCAUUGUUGGUGUUUUGCUGUGUGGCUGUAGACAUGUCUGCUGAUCCAACAGGAAGUGACACGUUUGCAGGUUUCAGGUCGAGUCGGCCAUCUUGGUUCGCCUGACAUCAGCAGCGGUGGCGCAGGCCUGAACUGGUCCAGGUUUUACCUCAGAGCAGCGAGUCUCAACGGAACCAGGAAGUGGAGGAUGCAGCUGAGCCUGGCCUCAGAACCGGGUCAUCCCUGAGGAACUCCUAUUGCCUUAACCCUGAAGUUCGCUGAGCGUUUUCAGCAACAUGUUGGAGAAACAGACUCUGGAUCUCAAACGUGGCUUUGUUUCCUUCAUGGCCGCCGUUCUGUUGAGUCCCGGCUCGGUUCUGUGGGUCCAAACGUUGUGAGAACGGAUCAGAAUUAGUCCUUUUGUUUUAGAAAGGGAAGCUCCUGGUUUCAGCAUCAACCCGAGGAUCCUGCGCUAGCUUUAUGAGCACUAUGUGUACCAAACAGAGAACUCAGCCAUUCUCCACAUAUUUUCUUUCUUAUUCUUGUAUUUUUGUGCUUAAUAAAUUGUAUAUCUCCGGGUCAAACUGUUCAAGAAAGUAUUUGUUAAAAUUUAUAAUCUUAAUAAAAAAUAAAAGUCUUUCAUCUGAA